AUGCCGGAAGGCCCAGAGUGCCUAGUUCAUGCGGAGAGCCUGCACCGCCGCUUUGCAGGGCGCACCCUCUCCCGUGCGGCCAUCCUGAGCGGCCGCUACGCCGGCAACAGCUCGAUGCCCGGCCGUGGUGCGCCUCCGGCCGGCUGGGCGGAGUUGCGUGGCAGCUUGCCUGCUGUAGUGGGCGCUGUUCGGGCAAAGGGCAAGUUCAUCUGGUGGGAGCUCAGCCCGCUCUCGGGCGCGCUGCCCGAGCUCACCCUCUGGUCGACGCUGGGCAUGUCCGGGGCGUGGUCCACCGGUCGCAACACGCACUCGCGCGUGUGCCUGGAGCUCGCCGCUGAACCAGCCGCCGUUGCGCCGACGCUGCUAUUCUACAACGACCAGCGCAACUUCGGAGUGCUGACGGUCUGCACUGAGCACGCCGCGCUGCGCGCCAAGCUCGAGACGCUCGGGCCGAGCUGGCUCGACGAGGGCGGCGGGAUCACGAGGGACGGCUUCAUGGAGAUCGUGCGGCGGCAAUGCAGCAGCCGCCGCCGCGCCGCCGUUCCGGUGGCCAAGUUCCUGAUGGACCAGUCCAAGACGGCCGGCAUCGGCAACUAUGUCCUGAGCGAGGUGCUCUACAAGGCUCGCGUCUACCCGUGGGCGGCGUGUGCCGACCUGGUCGACUCGGACUGGGCAGAGGUGCACGCGGCGGCCUCGCAGACGCUGCGCGCGAGCUACGCGUCGCAGGCCGCCAUUGCGGCUGCCGCCGCCGGCGACGACCCCUCCGCCACCCGCGGCACGUUUGCGGCGAUGGAGCCGCGGUUCAAACUGCUCGUGUACCGGCAGGCGGCGACCGCGGAUGGGCUCGCCGUGCGCGUCGCUGAAGGUCCGCACGGCCGAUCGGUGCAUUGGGUGCCUGAGCGGCAGGUCCGCGGCAGCACAGUGGUUGUUGGGUCGGCGAUAGGGGAAAGGGAUAGCAGCCAGCGUGGAGAGGACCAGCGAACGUAA